AUGUGUUCAGAUUAAUAAAAUAUGUACCUAAUAACCUUGUUAAAAAAUUUCUAGCAAUUAAGUUGGUGCAUAAACAAUUGGUUGUGGAUUGAAUAUAAUUAUAAGUGUUUGUCAAAAUUUCACUUCAAGUAAUUCAAUCAAUGGAAUAGGAUUAAGUAUUUAACUAUGUCUCUCUUAUUCUACUUAAUUUGGAGGUUACGAUGGAGCGAAUUGUACUUCAUCCCUAACUAUUACUUGUGGAUCAAUGUCACCAUCUACUUGUAGUAGUACUUAUGGAUCGGAUAAUAUUUUUAUAUAUUACUGAUUCAUGUCAUGAAGUAAUAACAUGUAGUUAUAUAAAUAUUUAGCAAAUUUGCAGUUAUUUUUCUGAUUAUUGUUAUUAUGCAAAUAAUUUAUGUUAAUAACUUACCUGCGCUAAUUUUACAACUCUUGCAUGAUGCAAAUUUAUAAUUUCAUUAUUUAAAAUUGGAGAAAUGUAAUUAUGUCAAUGGUCGAAAAAUACUUAUAUCCCUCUUGUAUUAAUUUAGUUACAUCUCCAGAAUUUAAUUUAGUUAAUUGUUCAGGAAAUACAGGAUUCACUUAAAGAUAGAUUCUAACAAUAAAUUAAAAUAGUUCGACAUGAAUAAAUAUUUCUAGUUUUUAUAAAGAAAUUAAACAAUUUUUAUUCAAUAUAAAUAUAUUAGAAAAAUUUAUAGACUAUACUAAAAUAUUUAAUGAAUAUCAUAAAAAUAAAUACCUGGAUAAUACGCUUGUAAUUAGUUAACUAUUAUGAUUGUUUAACAAAUCCUUAAUGUGGUUGGUCAACUGCUAUCACAACCCCAAGUUAUUAUAAUAAACCUUGCAAUUAAAUUAUUCAACAAGGAAUUUGCAGUUCAAAUCCAAGAUGCUCUUUAUCAGCAACUUAAAAUAUAUGUUAAACAUUUUUAUCAUGUUCAGAUCUAUAUGGUGUUAAUUCUGGAGAAUGUUCUAAUUAUUCAAUUUAUUGUGCAGCAAUAUAAAAAAUAUUUUUACUACUUCAAUAAAAUUAUAUAUGUGCACCAAAACCAAAUCAAUGUUAAGUUACAAUUUCAUAUGGAACUUUAGGAGGAACAACAAUUGUAUCAGAAUGUGAAAACACUUAUUUUAUUUUAAGUAUUACAAAUAUGAUGAUUUUUUUUUAUUACGAUUAUUAAUUAAUAAAAACAAAAAGUUAAAUAAACACAGAAUCAAUAAUAACUAAUAAUAUAACUUAAAUAACUAACAAUAAACUAAAAUUACAAUGUGUCUAAAACUAUUCAUUAAUUAUAUCUUAGUAUUCAUGCUGCAAAUCCUAAUUGUUUCUAAAUAGGAAGUUGUCAAAAUUAUGUAAAAAACAUACUAGUACAACUUAUGGAUGAGCAAAUAUCACCACUAACCAAUCUCUUUUUGAUUGCUUAGCAACUUCAGUCAAUUAUUCAAAAUUUGUUAAUGAUACAAUCUUACUUGGUAAAUGUUAUGUAGCAGAAGAACACAAGAAACCAUUAAAUGGAGCUGUAUUCAAUAUUUAUUAUAAUUAAGAGUGUUGCUGGUUAUUGUGUUUGGUAUGAUAAUUUGUGUUAAACUAUUAAAAAUAGCAAAUAGAUUAUUGAUAUUGAAGUUUGCAAUUUAAUAUGA